AGCGCUAGCGCGAGAAAGCGAGUGAGCAAGCGAGCAGAAAAGAGGUGGAGAGGGGGGGCAAUAAGAAAGAGAGAGGAGGAAAGGAGAGAAGGCAGGAAGAAGGCAAGGGACGAUACGACCAUGCUGUGCUGUAUGAGACGAACCAAACAGGUUGAAAAAAAUGAUGAGGACCAAAAGAUUGAACAAGAUGGCAUCAAACCUGAAGAUAAAGCUCAUAAGGCUGCCACCAAAAUUCAAGCUAGCUUCCGUGGACACAUAACAAGGAAAAAGCUCAAAGGAGAGAAGAAGGGGGAUGCCCAAGCUGCUGAGGCUGAAGCAAGUGACAAGAAGGAUGAAGCCACUGUUGCUGAUGGCGUAGAGAAGAAGGAGGGAGAAGGUCCCACCACCACUGAAGCGGCCCCAGCCACUGGGCCCAAGCCUGAGGAGCCUGGCAAAGCAGGAGAAACUCCUUCCGAGGAGAAGAAGGGGGAGGGCACCUCUGACGCUGCCACAGAGCAGGCAGCGCCGCAGGCUACUGCCCCCUCGGAGGAGAAGGCUGGCUCUGCUGAGACAGAAAGUGCCACUAAAGCUUCCACUGAUAACUCGCCGUCCUCCAAGGCCGAAGACGCCCCAGCCAAGGAGGAGCCUAAACAAGCCGACGUGCCUGCUGCUGUCACUGCUGCUGCUGCUGCCGCCACUACCCCUGCUGCAGAGGAUGCUGCUGCCAAGGCAACAGCCCAGCCUCCAACGGAGACUGCGGAGAGCAGCCAAGCCGAAGAGAAGAAAGAAGCUGUAGAUGAAACCAAACCUAAGGAAAGUGCCCGACAGGACGAGGGUAAAGGAGAAGAACGUGAGGCGGACCAAGAACAUGCCUGAACUUUAAGAAAUGGCUCUCCACGUCCCCAAUCUCCCUCUCCUGACCCUUGUCUCUCCCCACCCUUUAUCCAACUCCACUCUGAAGCUUCCCUUCCUGUCCUGCUCACAUCUGUGAGUCUGUCCUCUCCCACCCACUGGUCCUCUUUCUCUCUGUGUGGCAAACAUUAAAAAAAAAAAAAAAAAAAAAAAAAAAGCAGGAAAGAU